CUUCUCUCUUAUUUUUUUUCUUCAAAAUCAAGUAGAUAUUUUUCCCUGCGAUAAAAUUCUUAACUUGCCCGAUGAAUAAACAUUUGGAAUUAUUGAUUCGCAUCAUUUAGAACGUUUUUUGUAUAGGCUAAAUCUAAACGUGUUCAAACGAGUGACACGCAAUGUUAUUCUUUCUCAAAAGAUUACAUUAAAUGAACGACAGUGUACUCUGGAAUGGAAACGAGGCUUUAACCUAUGGCUUUGCAUCUUACGCAACUUUCAUUUCUCCGACUGACCAAUAGGGGGCGGGAUUUACUGGCAAUGCGAGGCAUGAGUGAAGCGAUGGACAUGCCCUCUUGUCCGCGGAGAUGGCGAUUGGACGGCUAGAAUCAGGAUUACGUGAUAUGCCUAAUGCAUAUGGGGAUUCUCGGUAGCGUCAAGUUUAAUAACAUAAACAUUAGGAUAUGUUAAGCAACAACGAGCAUGUUUGAACGUAAAACGUUAGCAGUUCAAGGGCGUGUUAAGAUUGUUAAUUGUACAUAUACCAUGGAUAUACACUGUCAUACGUGAUCAAUGUUUGUACUCUACAUACAAACGCUCUAAUGAAUAAUUACGUCAAAAGGGUGAUUUGUGGAAGGAUAUCAAAUAAAGUGGUCAGAGAAAUUGUCACGUGCAAUGGCUAACAAUGGAUCCAAAGAUAUUCAUGGAGAAUUACUACACAACGUUGGUUUAACCUCAGAUGAACAGACAAGCAUGUGCAACGGCAACGGUUCGAUUGAACACAAAAUUAUCAAAGAUGAAACAAGUAGUUAUUGUUCGGAAGAAUCCGCCGAUUCCCCUCUCGAUUUUUCCUUUAAACGGAGAAAUUGUGAAGCAGAGGCCUCGAGCACCGAUUCCCCGAACUCCCCCGGAUCUACGCAAGGGGGAUCCGUGAGCUACGGGGACGACAAAAAAUUCUCCGACCUUGAGGAUGGUUCGUCCUGCAAUGGGAAUUCUAACCACAAUAAUUACAAGAGAGAAUAUGACAUCAGGAUGUCCUCUCCGAAUCAAACGUUUAACCCUGGAAUAGCAAGUGUUGUUCAAGCUAUUCAGUCGGGUGCUAUUCCGUCGGUUGCAGCAGCUAGCAUGUGUGGGUCUUUCCCUGCCAUUGCUGCUCUUAUGGACCCUAGAAUUGCGUCCCAAGCAACGAACAAGUCAUCGCGUCCAUUCAAGGCUUAUCCCAAGGAGCCACUUUCUGUACCGUUCGGGUGUUUUGGAAUGAACCCAUAUCAGACAAUAGAAUCGAAUAUGUUGCAGGGACUUAAUCUUAGUAGUGAAGACAUAAUGCAGCUAUACAAACAUCAGCUGAGAAGUCUUCAGCAUGAUCAACAUUCAGAAUCUCAGAGAAGUCUCAUGAAACCCAGCACCCUAGCUAGUGCUUCUGCCACCAGUUCACAUACGGGUACCUCUACCUCCUAUAAUCCACAACACAACAGUGCUCCAAAUACACCGACCACUUCAUCCUUCAGUCGUGCCCCAACCCCUUCGGUUCCCAGCACAAGUUCUGGGCAGACGAUAACUCACUCAAGUAGCAGACGAAGGGCCAGGACGUUUCCAGACGAGCAAAAAGACGAAGCCUAUUGGGAAAGACGACGCAAGAACAACGAAGCUGCGAAGAGAUCAAGGGAUGCUCGAAGAGCGAAAGAGGAUGAAAUAGCUAUACGGGCUGCUUUGCUAGAGCAAGAGAAUUUGAAACUACGGGUAGAAGUGGCAGCGUUGAAAACAGAGACAGCAAAGCUUCGUUGCAUGUUAUAUAACACAUAGGCGCACUUUUAUGGUUAUAUUAAUAGGUCAGUUCUCUUUGUUGGUUUAUUAACGGAAAUAACUUGUCCAAUUUUUUUGUGUGUGUCUUGAUAAAUCUUUCCCUUCUCUCAGGUAUGCUCGUAUGCAAUGUUUGUUAUCAAGUGAUAUUUUAUGGAAUCAUCAAUCACUUACUCCUAGGUCGACGUGUCAUGGGCAGCUAAUAGUAAUCAAUGAAAACCACACAACCCACGGGACCUCGUUGAAAUUCGUCAGAUUUAUAGGCUAAAACACUGUUGACACAAUGUACGAAAUUAAAUUUUUUGAGUGGCCGUUUCUUAACCAUGUUUCUCUUCUUUUAUUGGCCUUUGCUCCUUUCGCAUUUGUUUAUUAACAGUUUCAUUUCAUGUAAUACAUACUUGCAAAACAAACAUCGAAGAUCUAAUUUUAUCUGUAAACAAGGCUCUUCCCCCUUUUUAACCCUUGGGGAAAGAAUUUUUUUGAAUGGAUCUAGACUACCUGUAUUGUAUGUGUGUCUGUGAGUAAUGUAACAAACAAAAGUUAUGACUUUUUUCUUUUAUCGCAUUGAUUCAAGCGAUAAAAAGGAUCAUAAUUUGCUUCUUUCUUGAUAAUAUUGAUAUUUUGUGGUAUUGUAUGACUAAACUCAGGGAGCUCACAACAACAAAUCGACUAUGUUCAUUAUCCUUUUAUCUUGUGGCGUACUAAUGUAUUUUUCCCAUUUGUUUAAUAUGUGUGAAUGUGAUGCAUUGAUAAUACGUGUAUACUGGAAUUUUUUGAAAUGAAAUAUUUAUAUUUCUAUGGCUUCGUAACCGAUAUGUUUAAUAUGAUAUAAAGAUAAGUCUAUUUUGUCAAAUUAAAGUAUGUUGGACUUAAAAAGUCAUCUUUUUAAAUAGAUUAAUGGUCUUGAAUGAAAAAAGGCAAAAAAUAUUUGAAAACAUAUUUUCUGGACACGAGAUAAUUUUAAAAGUAAGAAUUCGUCAAAACCAAUCUUUUACAUAAACUGAAAUAUAUUAGCAGCAACAAAAUACGGGUCAAAUAUAUUUUUGAUACACAUCGCCUGAAUGUUUGCAUACAGUAGUCAAGACUCUUAAGUUAACAACGCUGUCUACCUCAUGUUUUUGCCUUACGAAUCUUGUCAUUAGAUUAACAAUUAUAUCUGUAUCUUUUUUUCUUUGUUUGUUUGGUUUUUUUUUUUUAGAUUUUGUUCUCUUCUGUUAAAAUACUCUUAUAUUAACCAAUUAUACUAAUGUGUUGUAUAUCAUGAAGAAGAUUGUUAUGGACACAAAGUAUUCAUAGUAACAAAACCAACGAAAUCUACGUGUUACUUGAAUGAUUUUUAUCAUUUCUCUCGCAGAUCAAAGAUAAAACAGACAAGAUUUUCUGACUUUUAUCGUCUUUUUUCUUGUCAAUAUUUGGUAUAUUUUGGAAAUAAAUUGUUAAACUAUA